AUGGUUGCUGCCGCCGCCGCCGCCAACGCCUCCGCUAGCAGCGACCCCAACCUCGACCCCAUCAUGGGCGUCGGUGAUGACGAUGUAGUAGAUGACGACAGCCUCAACGACCCCUACGGCGAGAUUGAGCAAGACGAGGUUGCCCAGCCCCAGCAACCUCCGCCUCAGCAGGAAUUGCCCGACAGCAAUGACGAUUACGCAAAGACCUUUGACUCACCCAUUGGUCCUGAGGAGGGUGAAGGCGGGGACAUUCAGCCAGAAGAUGUAUCAUCAAUGCCCCGAGAAUCCAACCAAGUUUCUCUUUCAUCCGAGCACUUGACAAGCCACCCAUCAGACACUUCAUAUGCCGUUCAUAACUCGCCAUCCACCUCAGCCCACCAAGCUCAGUCCGGUUCAUCAGUUACCAUCUUUGAAGCACAUACGGACGAUGCGAUCACGUCGCCCGCUCAUCCUUCCAACCCCGACCAAACAGGCUUCCAGUCGGUGACCUCUCCCUCCACGGCCAGUGCAGACUCCAACUCCGCCGGGUCUCCCAACCCGUCGGCUGAUAUCCAGCGCCUCGUGGCAGACCUCACUGCCCCCGCUGAGCCCACCUCCAGCGAUGAUCCAUCUGCCUUGCCCGCAAAGGCUGAACUGCCCGCCGGCCCCAACGCUUCGUCCUCUGCUCUCCCAUCGUCUGCCUCUCUCCCCCCGAGGCCCCCGUUGCCGCAAGCAGCAUCCCAAUCGUAUACCUCGCAGCACCACCCAUCCGGCUCGAGUUCAAGUAUCCCAGCCAGUGUCGCCGUCCCACCAACACCUGGCCAGCCCUCUACAUAUGUCGCUGCGGGCGUACCAGGGACAUCUCCAGACGCCCUGGGCAACCUCGCGCCUGCAGCCGCCAGUGGUCUCAAUGCAUCCGUUGCCAUCACUUCUUUGACUGCCCCUCCCUAUCCGCCCCAAUCUCCCGCUUAUGCUACUGAUAGACCUCAAGAUGCCGAUUACCAGCGACAAUGGGACCAAUUCAUGGCCGAUGAGCGACAGUACAUGUCGGAAGCCAAAUGGGACCGGUUUCCCGAGGGUUCUCGCCUCUUUAUUGGUACACGAUCCGCGUCUGGUGCGUCUAAAAACGGCGCUCACAUAUUCUCUGCAGGCAACCUUUCGAGCGACAAGGUAUCGAAGCGUGAUGUAUUUGAUUUAUUCCACCGAUUCGGAAGACUGGCCCAGAUCUCCCUCAAAUCAGCAUACGGGUUCGUGCAAUAUCACACUAUCGAUGAAGGACACGCCGCCAUGGAAAAUCUGCAAGGAAUUGAGAUCAAGGGACGCAGAAUCCAUCUCGAGAUAUCUCGCGUCCAAGACAAAUCCAAGAAGGAAAAAAACCGAAGUCCUGAACGAGGACGCGGCCGUGAUGGUGGCGGCGGACGCGAGAGUAACGGACGUGACAGUGGCCGUGAUGGUGGUGGGCGCGAUGGUGGUGGGCGCCGAAAUGACCGGUAUAGUCAACAGAACCGAGACGACUACCGGCCAGGGCGCAACCAUUCGCCUAGUCGAAACGAUUACGAAAGAGAUGAUGGUUACGGCCGUGAUCGAGGAUUUCACGACCACGGCCGUGGAAGAGGACGCUCGCGAUCUCCUGGCGGCUACAAACGCAACGACAAGAGUUCAUACAGAAGGAGGAGCCCCAGCCCGUAUGGGCGAUCUCGACAUGAGAGCGAACUUGAGCUUCCCCGGCGAUACGGAUCCGAUGUUCCCGACGUGCAGAUCAUCCUUCAACCAGAUGUCAACCGAGAUUUCGUCACAUGGGUUGAGCACACAUUCAAGACAAAAGGCCUAAAGUCGGAAGUCAUGUUCCUUCACCCAAGAAUCCCCAAGGACGCUGUCAUCCAGCGCCAGGCUGCUGAGGGUGUACAUGCUGUGGUAGACCUCGACCUUCGGGCUCAAAACCUCGGGAGGAUUCCGGUGCAGGCCUUUGACCGAUCUGGUGGCAUGAGCAACGUCCGGUUCGACCAGUACGUCGACCUCGACCCUACCACGGCGGCAGAAGUCAUCCUACGAGCCAAGGCGUCGGGCGCUACAGCAAGCUAUGCCCAGCCAUAUGCUGCAGCUGGCUUCGCGAAUCCAUACGGCGGACAGCCUCAGCAACAGAUGGGCGCCUUUCCUGGUGGACAACAACCCAACCAAUACGCCCAGCACGCUCCAGCCAACCCCACAGACAUUGCAAGUCUCAUGGGUCAAGUUGAUAACGCCACACUGCAACGGUUACUGGCGUCGAUCCAAACCGCCCCUCAAGGCACCGCCGCGCAGCAUGGACCGAAUGCCGCUGCCGCGGGCCCUUCACAGGUUGAUAUCCAGGCAAUUUUGGGAAGCCUCGGUGGCAAUGCUGCAGCUCAGCAGCAGCUGCCUCCCCAAGGAGUUUAUGGUGCCCCAUACGGAGGUCAGCAGGCACCAAACGGUGGAGGCGCCGCCAAUGGCGAUGCUGCAGUCCAGGUCCAGAACAUUAUGGCACAGCUGGCCCGGUACCGACAGUAG